CAACUAGUGACGUCAAUAUCACGCGCUACCAAGCUUUGAAUCGGUUUGGGAGGAAAAACCGCGUUUCAUGCAUUUCGGGUCAUAAAAUUGAUUAUAUUCUGACUUAGUUUUAAAGUAUAGCUAUGCAUCUUUGUAAAAACUGACAUUAUACUCCUCCCCUUUAAUUGAUUGUCAUUGUCAAGCCAGACAGCGACUAGGAAGCGUAGCUAACAAAUUAAAACAGCCUCAGGAUGCUUUGCCAACGUUAGCUAGCUAGAUAAUUAGCUGCUCGUUUCAUUUGACAGUUUUGGAAUAGCAAAUAUGACAACUCUAACAAGGCAAGACCUCAAUUUUGGACAAGUGGUUGCGGACAUCCUCUGUGAGUUCCUGGAGGUUGCUAUUCAUCUCAUCCUGUAUGUCCGGGAAGUUUAUCCCUCGGGCAUAUUUCAGAAGAGAAAGAAAUACAAUGUACCUGUGCAGAUGUCAUGUCAUCCAGAGCUGAAUCAAUAUAUCCAAGAUACACUUCAUUGUGUAAAGCCACUUAUUGAGAAGAAUGAUGCAGAGAAGGUGGUGGUGGUCAUCAUGGACAAAGAGCAUCAUCCAGUAGAGAGAUUUGUGUUUGAGAUGUCCCAACCUCCACUGCUGUCCAUCAGCUCAGACACAUUACUGUCACAUGUGGAGCAGCUGCUGAGGGCAUUCAUACUGAAGAUCAGUGUGUGUGAUGCUGUUUUAAAUAAUAACCCACCAGGGUGUUCAUUUACAGUACUGGUACAUACCAGAGAUGCUGCAACACGCAACAUGGAGAAGGUUCAAGUCAUCAAGGAUUUUCCUUGGAUAGUUGCUGAUGAGCAGGAGGUCCACAUGCAGGAGCCUAGACUCAUCCCACUGAAGACCAUGACAUCUGAUAUAGUAAAAAUGCAGCUCUAUGUGGAAGAGAGGGCCCAGAAAACGUAGUCCUGUGACAAUAUUGAAUCAUGAGCAAAGUAUAUAACACAGCCCAUCAGAGCUGGAAGAGUCAAAAAGAAACAUGAGUUUUUGUUGAACACGUGAGAUCAUCAAGAAAGAGAUGUGGAGUGUGUUCAGGAGGUGUGUACAUUCUGCAGCUAUAAUUUUAAGGGUUGGACUAAUACACUUUCAUUGUGACUCUGAUUUGAAAAAAAUGCAUGAAUAUGGCUGUUAUUUUUCAAUGCAAAUCUUUAGUCUAACACAAUGAUCCGAAUGUAGCUGUGUCACCAUGUCAAUACAAUUCAAGGGUAUGGAAUAGACCAGUAUAACAACACCGGAAUAUCAAAUGUAAAAUAUCUACCACCAGCGUCUUCUACAAACCACAUUUAACCCUUAACUGUGUUGAGUCUUUUCUGUAAAAAAUAUUCACUGUUCCUCUUUGUGGGGGAAUUGUUUUAUUGUCACACUGGGUGCGUUCCAACACCCAUACUGCCAUACUAUUUAGUAUGCCAGAAAAAGAUUUAAUAUGGCCCAAUACAUAGUUUGUAAAGUACAAGGAUAUCCUACUGCACCCAGUUGCAUUUUGCAGUAUGAAAGCCUGCAUGCUUUUCUUGCUAUUCUGACCCAAAAUCCUUUGCGCAGCAUAUAUGAGAAGAGGGGAAAAAGGUCAAUGUUAUGAUGAAGUAGUAUGUCCCAAUUCUAUGCAUACUGCAUGUAACAGUACGUCCCAAAAGUAGAAAGAAAAAGUAUGUGAUUUGGAACACAGUCAUAUCAGGCAUCGUGUCUACACUCAGUACGUUUACAUGCACUCCAAUAUAAUUCCGAAUAUGACAAAAUUCCGAGUUUGAUACAUGUCAUGUAUACAACAUAUUGCGGUUGUAUAUUUCGAAUAAGGCUUUUUUUUCUCCAAAUAUAACAUUUUCCGAUAAAGACGUGGGUUAUCCGGUAUUCGGGUUUCAGAGGCAUUCUGUGGACAUGUAUACAGCGCAUUCGGAAUAUGCGGCUCAAUCUGGGUUUUACCGUAGUUUACGGCCCCUUGCCUGUUUACGUUUUAUGGUCACCUCUGUGCGUUGCUAUGGUAGCUGUAAACAUACCAACCAGCCAACAGUUUGCAGGGCUGCAGACCCGAUAAGAAUGAGAAAUACAGCCACUUUUUGACUUGAAUAUCAACAGGUUUUUUGAUAUUCGCACACAUUUCUACGCCAACAUUUUCCAGGAGCUGGAUGAAAGAAUGGAAGAGUCUGCCACCAAAAAUCCUGUUUUGCACAGCCACAUGAAAAUGGAAAUUGGUGGAAUACUUCCUUUCAGUAGCCAUGUAAACGGCUUGAUCGGAAUAUCGCCUCAUUUUGUAAUUAAGGUAAAACCCGGAAUAUUAUUUGCACAUAAACGUAGUCAGUGUUAUCGGUCAGGGUUGCAGUGGGAGAGUUUUGCCUGGCUUCCAAUGAAGUAAAAGAGAUCUUGGUGUUAUUUCCAUAAAACCAGUGGUAAUGUUCGCCUCCAUUCUUAUGUGAAAAAUUAAUGUUGUGACAAAAGAACAGUUUCUACUGCUGAUAAUGUGAUUUUAGAAAAAAAAAAAAUUUGAAAUUGUAAUUAAAAGUUUUAAAGCAC